AUGCUGGAUCUCUUUUUCAAUGAAGCUAUAAGCGAAGAUAGUGUUAAAUAUGAAGAGAAUGAUGGUGACAGUAAUUGUGAGGAUGAUGAAGACAAUGAUAACAAUGUAUGUUUAGCUCAGUUAAAUGAACCAUUAUUACAAAUUAGCAAUACUACUAAUUGUUUUGAAGCAUUUUCACCCGAGUUUGAAUCUAAUCAAAUUGGUUUAACUCAAGAUUUAAAUACUGGAAAUUCAGAAGGAAAACUUGAUAAUAUUCUGGAACCAAAGACUAAAUCUAAAAAUAAACCAAAAUCAUUCUUAGAAAACACAAUUUACGUAGUGAAUCAGUUUCUAGUAAAUCAUCAAUGA